CAUGCGCAGCAGUGGAGGGCACGCAGGUCCCCCCUCAGGGAGCUGAUGGUCCAGCCGGGUGAUGAUGCAGAACACCCCCAGGCAGCAGAGGGAGAAGAGUCCAGGCUGCACGCAGGGAGUGGCCACAGCAGAGCCCAGGAAACGUGCAACCAGAGCAGUUCCGAGACGUGGGUUUGGGGGUAUCACGUUCACUGUUUUGCUUAAUCGUCAGAAGAGAGAGUAACCUGCCCGAGGUCACACUGCCACCCAUGGCUGCCCUGAAUCCACACCCAGGGCUGUUUAACUAGGUCCCCUGACGAACGCAGCUGCCUCUGAAUUCGGAGCCGGGAGAGGUGGUUGUGGGGCUCUGAGGGCUGGGAGGGGCCCAAAGCCUCGGGUGCGUCCUCCGGGAAGGGGGGUUUAGAUGGCCAGGAGGAUGUCAAGACUUGAGGUGGAGGUAACGGCAUUGGCAGACACGGGGACAUGGGGACAGCAGGGGCUGGAAGGAGGGGUGGCAGACGAUGGACUGAGUAGGGAAGGUCAGUGUGGACGUGCAGGCCUGCGCUGGACUCCGGGAGGUUCAAGAACACUCCCUCCCCAUGAGAGACAAGACAGGGCCACAGCAGGCGGAGAACCACGUGGGCCCUUUUCUGUUGCUAGAAAUAAGAGAGUAAAGCUGCCCGGAGCUGUGGUGUGUAUUCUGGUUGUCAAAUGCCCAGGGCUACUCAGAGCCGCCAUUUUCCGAGAUGGCCAGUUUUCAAACAAGUCGAAAACAAUUGAAGGUACUUGUCCUGAGACUGGACUUAGCGUAAUUUACCUCAAUGAUACCGAAGCCUCCAGACCUCCGGCCUCCCUUUGGGCUGUUGGUGUGGCCUCGGGGUGAACUGGAAAUGCCAUCAAUACAAGCAGGCACGUACCCGUCCAUGCUUUGCCCUUGUGACACUGCUGUCAUCUGUCUGUGGGUUCUUCUGUCUGUCUUUCUCCCCACCGUGGGCACUGACUAGCAGGUAAAGAUGGCCAGAAAGCCUUUGUUGGCACAAAAUGCUGAGAGAAUUAUCACUAAGCCAGUGACAGCCACAGUGAUUGCAAUAAAUUACCCCCAUAGCAAUUGAUAAAUUGCCACUUUCUGCAGCUAUUAUGUUUGGCUUUGUAUCCCAAAGAGUAAACGCACCUCCCUCUCUCUCUCUCUCUCUCUCACACACACACACACACACACCCCCAUGGUGAGGCAAUCUGCCCUACAUUGGAUGACACUUAUUCAUUUUAUGCAUCCUGAGUUCUGCUGGCUGUCCUGCCUCAGUUCCUGUAGCAAAGAGACUUGAGUCUGAGCCACUAAUGAUCCCCAGUGAGGUUUCCUCCCCAAACAGGAAGUAUCAGGCCAGCGCCGUGCUCUCACAGUGCACUCUGUAACCGAGCAUCAGUCACCACUCCCGGUCCCGUCCCUGCAGCCAGAAGCUGGAGUGUGGGCGGAGGGGGCGGCAGCCCAGCUCUCCAAACCCUUGGCAGGUCCCUCGCCCUUGGAAGAUCAGCCUGAGUCCUGACUUCAAACCCCAAGUCAGGCUGUCCACAGGUCGGAGGGAGACCCCAGCAACAAGGGGUGGCCCGGAUCCCACUGGGGUUGUCAAGGGACUCGACUUUCAGACCCUCACACCAGCCAGAUGUCCCACCAGCCUGUUGUUGCCACCAAAACAUCAGGAGAAAUGGACAAGCCGCUGAUCAGCCGCCGCCUGGUGGACAGUGAUGGCAGCCUUGCUGAAGCCCCCAGUGAGGCCCCUAAAGUGGGCAUCCUGGGCAGCGGGGACUUUGCCCGCUCCCUGGCCACGCGCCUGGUGGGCUCUGGCUUCGGUGUGGUGGUGGGGAGCCGCAACCCCAAACGCAUGGCCGGGCUGUUCCCCUCAGCAGCACAAGUGACUUUCCAGGAGGAGGCAGUGGGCUCCCCUGAGGUCAUCUUUGUGGCCAUGUUCCGGGAGCACUACUCCUCGCUGUGUAGUCUCAGCAGCCAGCUAGCCGGCAAGAUCCUGGUAGAUGUGAGCAAUCCCACAGAGCAGGAACACCUUCAGCACCGCGAGUCCAACGCCGAGUACCUGGCCUCCCUCUUCCCCACCUGCUCGGUGGUCAAGGCCUUCAAUGUCAUCUCUGCCUGGACCCUGCAGUCUGGCCCGAGGGAUGGGAACAGGCAGGUGCCCAUCUGCAGUGACCAGCCGGAAGCCAAGCGCACUGUCUCAGAGAUGGUACACGCCAUGGGCUUCACACCCGUGGACAUGGGGUCACUGGUCUCAGCCCGGGAGGUGGAGGCCAUGCCCCUGCGCCUCCUCCCGGGCUGGAAGGUGCCGGCCCUCCUGACCCUGGGGCUGUUGGUCUUCUUCUACGCCUACAACUUCGUCCGGGACGUGCUGCACCCCUACCUGCAGGAGGGCAAGAACAAGUUCUACAAGCUCCCGGUGUCCGUGGUCAACACGACGCUGCCGUGCGUGGCCUACGUGCUGCUGUCGCUGGUCUACCUGCCCGGCGUGCUGGCGGCCGCCCUGCAGCUGCGGCGCGGCACCAAGUACCGCCGCUUCCCGGACUGGCUGGACCACUGGCUGCAGCACCGCAAGCAGAUCGGCCUGCUCAGCUUCUUCUGCGCCGCGCUGCACGCGCUCUACAGCUUCUGCCUGCCGCUGCGCCGCUCGCACCGCUACGACCUGGUCAACCUCGCCGUGAAGCAGGUCUUGGCCAACAAGAGUCAUCUCUGGGUGGAGGAGGAGGUCUGGCGGAUGGAGAUUUACGUCUCGCUGGGAGUGCUGGCGCUCGGCACGCUGUCCCUGCUGGCCGUCACUUCGCUGCCGUCCAUUGCUAACUCGCUCAACUGGAGGGAGUUCAGCUUCGUGCAGUCCACCCUGGGCUUUGUGGCCCUGGUGCUGAGCACCCUGCACACGCUCACCUACGGCUGGACCCGCGCCUUUGAGGAGAGCCGCUACAAGUUCUACUUGCCUCCCACCUUCACGCUCACACUGCUGGUGCCCUGCGUCGUCAUCCUGGCCAGGGGCCUGUUCCUCCUGCCCUGCGUCAGCCGCAGACUCUCCAAGAUCCGGAGGGGCUGGGAGAAGGACGGCGCCAUCAAGUUCACGCUGCCCAUGGACCACACCCUGGCCCAGAAGACCAGCCACGUGUGAGGUGCCUGCGCCCGGCGCCGGAAACCAGACGGGGCAGGACGGUGCCCUGAGCCUGUCAGGGCUUCUUUUCUUGACCGUGCAGUGUGAUGAGAUUGUGCACAAACUGGCGGUUUGAGGUCCGAAUUCCUGGAACGCAAAUGUAUGUAGUAAUAUGCAGAAUGACACACACGUGCGUGUGAUGUAUAUGUUCCUAUAUAUUUCAUAUGUAUAACAGGAUUUGCAAUUAUAUUUACUUAGCUAAAAAGUUGAGUCCCUGAGAUUUCAACUGGUAGAUGUAAAAGCAAGUGCCAGAUGUCUGGAGAACAGCAGCUCGCACUGUCGUGACAUUUGCAGAGAUAUUCACAUGCUUUUUUGCACAGAGAAGGCAGUGAGAGGCUUGUACCUUGGUGGAUUCGAUCCAUGGGUGCCCCCCAACCCCUUUCUGCUCCUUUCCCAAGGCUUUUGCCAGGCUGGGACUCUGAGGUGGCAGGGCAGACAGCAACUCUGCCUGGAGCCCAAUGCGGGUGCACGGGGCUGAAGAGUCGCCGGUAAGCAGCGGCUGCGGCUCCUGCCUCGUCCACCUUCCCUGGCAGCAGGAUGUCAAGCUGGGGAGCAAGGGCACUGGGGGCCGAGCCUGGCGUCUGCGUGCUGAGAGCCCUCUGCCUGGCGUGGAGGGGGAGGGGGUGUGUGUUGGGGCUGAAACUGCUCCCCCAAUCCUCCCUGAGCUGGCGAGAUUUUUUCCUGAAAGUCAGAAGUCACCACAGCAGCUGCAAAUUGAUCCUCCUGUGGGAGUGUGAAGUCACCUCCUUGCCGGAGCCACUAAUGAACCCCAUCUUGAGAACGAGUGUAAUUUCUUUCCUUCCUUUAAGUUGGUGAUGACCAUUCUUUCGACCACUGUGCCUUCUCACCUUUUAGAUCAUUAGUUUGACUGUCUCCCAGGAAUGCCUAGAGCAGACCCUGUAAAAGUGAGUUCAAGUGGGAGGAGGACACACAAGAGCACGCGCAGUGUUGCAGCUGAGCCUUUCUCAGGACCAGCCCAGGGUGCUGAAGGACUGAUUGUCCUCAUUAAAUUGGUCCUAUGGAAAAACACCGGGGACCUCUUCAGAUGGCCUCUGCUGCCUCUGGACAGAGAACCUGCCUUGCGAGCGCCCAGAAAACCACUAUGGCUCCAAGUUCCUCCUAACAGAGGGUUACGUUUCAAAAGAGUCAGGAGAGUCUUUUCUGCCAAAGCUCCAGACUUGAAACGCUGCUGCCCCAAAGCACAAGAGGCUGGACCACAGCCAGGGCCACAGGACGCACGUCCUCGAAUCAUAUGCCAUCCCUCACUGAUUCGUACUGAAACUGACUUUACUUCUUCCCCUGCAGAGAAACAGCUGUUCGUGGCUGAGCCCCCAACCCCUGGCAGAACCAGGAGAUCUGCCAUCUCUGCUGAAAAAGCCCCUUUGAACACAAAGGCUGGGAGGUCCUGAUGGAAGACAUCAGUGAGAUGCACACUGACUCUACUGCAAAUGCUGGUCACACUUAUAUUUCUUAGGUCUCCUGAGCCGGAGGGCAUCUUAGGAUGGAACAAAGAGAGUCGAGCCGGCAAAGGCUGACCAGAUAAUGUUACAAGGAGAGGAUGCCCCUGCUCCCCCAGGAAGGCUUCAUGAGCUCAUGUCUGUGGAGCGCAUUAGGGUCCUUUAGUGAAAAGGAAAAAAAAAACCCAAGUGCAAGAAUAUCUCAUUAGGCCAGUGACUGAUGGAGGGGAGGCAGAGCAGGCACAACUGUCUGCUUCCUGCAGAUGUUUUCCAUUGGCUGCUCCAAGGCUGAGCAGCAGAAGCUUGUCUCCUAAAUUGGCCCUGAUGGAGCGGCAGCCAUGGCCCUCAGAGGCUCACUGAAAAGGAGGCGGGCAAAGCAGAGGUUUCAGCAUUUGCUUGGCAAAAUGAGGGCCCAUCAAUUUCCUGCUGAUAGGAAGCAGGGAGAACCUGGGCAACUGGCACACCACGCCCCCCCCCCCCCUACCUCCACCAAGGAUCGCUAACCCUAGACAGUAUUGGCUGCCUUCCUUCUCCGGCCCUCCCUGGGCCCAGAGAUGGUUCCUCAUACCAAAGAUGCUGACACAUGGCCGAGUCCAGUGUGCUCUCUCCCCUUCCCUGCCCACCUUCUGCUGUGGGUGCUCCUCAGGAGGGAAAGGAUUCCAAGGUGGGUGACAGGAGGGCACAAGCAGGUUCAGCAGAGGGCCUGGCCACCUACCAACCGGACAAUCAGCUCAUGAAAGUCAGGGUGGGCUGUGUGCUUGACCUUGAUCUUUGUCUGCCGCUGCUCUUCCCUACCUCACCCGGCCGCUGGCAACAGCAUCCCCAAGAGUAAAUUCCCUUAGAGCCUGGUAAGUUCUCCGUGCCUCUGGGUACAAAAGUGCCUGACCCAAGAUGCUCUGGAAAUCCUAAAUGCUGCGGUCCGAGGUUGACGUUUAAAAUCUAUGCUCAUGUUGAAAGAGUGUGUAUUUUGUUUUUACCUUGUAGAGCUUGUCUAAGAAGCAGCGAAAAUAAACACCUAACCUUCCGUGAA